GAGGACAUCGACCAGGCAUAAAAUGUUUGACUUCCAUCCAUCCCUCCGAUCCACUCAGAACAGUCGACAUCACCCUUGGGUGCGGACUUUUUUUUACUUUGAUCUGGUUCUUGACGAACUCCUUUUUUUAAUCCGUUGGCUUUCUUUCGGGCCCUUGGUUUGGAUACGUUUUAAUAAAACCUAACUUUGAUUGUGCUGUUGCUGCUGCGUUGCUGAACUGUCGAGGCAACCUGUUACCCCACCGGAGACGGACUUACAGACAUCCACACACACACACGCACACACCAGACUAGAACAACAAAGUCGACUGUACAAAAGCAGAAAGAAAAAGAAGAGAGGAGUUUGUGCAGAACUGCCUGACAGCGUGUCAGGGGGCAUGGCAGCAUUAACAGGAGGCUUAACCAGGAUGAUGCGACCCACCCCACACCAGAACUACCCCCGCGGAGGGUACUCACUAGAAGUCUCCACUCCGUUAGGACAAGGGAGAGUGAACCAGCUCGGCGGGGUCUUCAUAAACGGCCGACCCCUCCCGAACCACAUCCGCCACAAAAUCGUGGAGAUGGCGCAUCACGGCAUCCGACCGUGCGUCAUCUCUCGCCAGCUCCGCGUGUCCCACGGCUGCGUCUCCAAGAUCCUGUGCCGGUACCAGGAGACGGGCUCCAUCCGACCGGGGGCCAUCGGGGGCAGCAAGCCCAAGCAGACGUCGUCUCCAGACGUCGACAAGAAAAUCGAAGAUUAUAAAAGAGACAACCCCGGAAUGUUCAGCUGGGAAAUCAGAGACAAACUCCUGAAAGACGGCAUCUGCGACAGAAACACAGUUCCCUCCGUAAGCGCAAUCAGCCGCAUCAUGCGCUCCAAGUUCGGGGGAAUCUGUGAGGAUGAAGAGGAUGAUGAUGAAAUCGAGAAGAGAGAGCUGGAGGAGAACGAGCGGCGCGCGAAGCACAGUAUCGAUGGCAUCCUGGGAGACAGAUGUAAGUAACCACAUGUUUCAUUACCCCAGCCUUACCCGAACCG